AUGGAGCAUAUGCUCGUGUCUCGCGCCCUCUGGACCAGCGACGGCAAAUGUGUCCCAGCUCACGCGGGGGAUGGGUUCGCCAGCGUGCAUGUCACCCGCGAGCUGCCGGCGGGCGCAGCGUUCGGCCCGUGUGUCCUUCAUAACGGCUUCUACGACACGAUCGCCUUCAUCGCGCUCAAAGCACGCGACAGUAAAAGCAACUGCUACGCCUUUCGGGUUGAUCCUGAGGCCAUGAGGUCGUCUCCGCUGGCGUUGUCGUGGUUACGGCUGGUCCAGGCGGCUCGGAACCGUGCGGAGCAGAACACGGAGGUGUUCUUGAAGGCGGGUCAGCUGUUCUUCCGCACCCUGAGGCGUGUCCAGGAGGGGGAGGAGCUUAUGGUCUGGUACGAUGACGAACUGGCCCACCUCCUGGGCCUGAGGGACCUCAGAGCCACACACACACCUGACAGUAUGUGCUGCAUGAGGUGUGGUCAGACCUUUCAGCACGAGUACCCAUACCUGGCUCACUGCCGAUUCCUCUGCCCAAACAACAAAGCUGAUUGGUUGAGCAGCGAGCCUCUGAAGUAUAAGCCAGUUCCUGAUUGGUUGAGUGGCGACCCUCGUGACGAGAGGCAGCCGGAGGUGAAACGGACACACAGAGACUCCCAUCUCGCUCGCUCUCUCACACACGCGCGCACACACACACGCACACACACUCACACCGACUUCCACAACAUCGCCCGCGACCUGGAGCACAGGGCGGACACCUGCCCCAGCCCCCGCAAGCGUCGCCACGACGACUCGCCCGGCAACCGUGGGUCCAGGAAGUCAGUGCUGCUGGAGAAAGCAAACCCGUCCAACGAGAGCAAUAUCCCCCCGCCACCAACAGAGGGCGGCAUUGAGAGUGCGGCAGCAGGAGCGCGAUUGGGUACAGAGGGGGGCGUGUCCAGGAAGGUAGCCACGCCCACCGAGGACAGGGACGGCGAGAACCCGAAAUGGCGCGCGGAACGCUGCGCCGACCGGAACCUGAGGACUCCUGAGCGUGUUCUGCUCGGUUCCGUUAGCGCUCUGCGGGGGAACGAGGAGCAACAACGCAGCGCUUUCUGCAGACCGCACAGACGCCUGGCCACGUCAGAGACACACACACCCUCCAGCACAGACUCACACUCCAGCACAGACACACACUCACACACACCCUCAAACUCCAGCUUACACACACACCCACGCUCCAACAUUGACACACAUUCACACACACACUCACGCUCCAACACAGACACACACUUACACACACACACACACUCACGCUCCAACACAGACACACACUUACACACACACUCACGCUCCAGCGCUGCCUUCUACAGCCCGCCAACUCCAUCCGCCGACCUGCCGCUCGCUCUGGAACCGAAGCCGGCGGCAAUGACCUUCCGGAACGUUCUAGGCCCUGCCCUGCUCUACGGGGACCUGCCGAGCGGACCGCCACAGUCCAGCGUCCAGUCGGGGUACCCCUACACCCCCGACCACCACCACCACCAGUGGCCCCCCCGGGGCAGUUUGGGGGUGACCCCCCCGCCGUUGUUACCCCCCACCCUGAGCCCGCUGGGCGUGGCCGGGCAGAACUGGUGCGCCAAGUGCAACCUGUCCUUCAGGAUGACCUCCGACCUGGUGCUGCACAUGCGCUCCCACCACAAGAGGGAGCCGGCGAGCGGCGCGGUUCCGCUCAGGAGGUACCGAGAGGAGCGGCUCACCUGCCCGGUGUGCCAAGAGCACUUCAGAGAGAGACACCACCUGUCGCGCCACAUGACCUCUCACAACUAACACACACACACACACACACACACCACAGCAUAGAGACAUGGACCUGUCGCGCCACAUGACCUCUCACAACUAACACUCACACACACACACACACACCACAGCGUGGAGACAUGGACCUCUCACAACUAACACACACACACCACAGUGUGGAGACAUGGACCUGUCACGCCAUAUGACCUCUCACAACUAACACACACACAUACACCACAGCUUGGAGACUGUCACAGCUAACACACA